AUGGCACAGAGCGAUGUUGAUCGCAGGCGUGUUGAAUCUGGCGGCCCCCCGAGCCCCUCAGGUGGUGUGACCGAGCUCAUGCAGACCGCUAAGGAUGGUACGGAAGAUGUCAAGGGGUUACUGGGUACUAGGUUUAAUCUAAUCUGUAGACAGGACAACCAUGGUCAAACAGCUCUCAUGUGGGUGGCGGGGUAUAGUCCCAUAGAGGCGAUAAAGUCCGUCCUGGAGCGCGGGAAGGAUGUGAAGGGUGAUCAAGAUCAUAGCGCCCUGCGUCAUGCUCUCAACGACGGGCGCCUAGAGGUUACUAGGGUAAUUAUAUCCUACGAGGAUCCAACAGAUAGGAAUGGAGUCACAGCACUCAUGCGGGCAGCAGCCAGGGGAGACACUGAAAUGGUAAGGCUGCUUGUACCAAUUCAAGGGGGGAUGAAGGACGGAGCCGGGGAAACAGCCCUCAUGUCUACAGCAAGGAAUGGGCACGUAGAAUGCCUUAAGCUUCUACUUGACAAAGAAGAGGGUAUGCAGAGGCCUGAUGGAUGGACAGCCCUCAUGAUGGCAGCACUGCGUGGACAUGCGGAGUGUGUCAAGCUACUGUUAGAGAAAGAGGGUGGCAUGCAGAGGAGAUCCCUCGUGAAUGCGGCAGAGAAUGGAGAUACAGAUGCAGAGAUGAUGGAAUUGCUACCCCUUCAAGAGAGAAAGAAAGCGGAAGGGGGUGUUAAGAUAGACAGAUGGCGCAUGACCGGAGGGACGGCUCUAAUGACAGCAGCGGAAUACGGCCAUGCGGAUGUAGUGCGACUGCUAGUUAGUCGCGAGGGUGGCAAAUAUGACAACAACCAUAAGACGGCUCUCAUGUUUGCAGCGCAGAACGGCCGCACAGAGUGCGCCAGACUGCUCCUGGAGAAGGAGGAGGGCAUGAAGGAUAGCAAUGACAAGACGGCUCUCAUGUGGGCAGCACAGAACGGCCGCACAGAGUGCGUCAAGCUGCUUCUAGAGAAAGAGGCGCGCAUGAAGGAUAGCGAUGGUAAGACCGCCCUCAUGUUUGCAGCGCAGAACGGCCACCAAGACUGUGUUAAACUAUUGCUAGAGAAGGAGGGGGGCAUGCAGAAGAGUGAUGGUUCGACAGCCCUCAUGUUUGCAGCAGAGGAAGGCCAUACAGACUGUGUCAGAUUGCUCUGUGAGCACAAGAGCGAGCGUGAUGCCUCGGGCUGGACAAACCUUAUGUGCGCUGCUUGCAUUGGAGAUGCUGAUGCGGUUAGGAGUAACCUUCAGCAAGCGGGUGUGCAUGAUGGCAGGGGAUAUACAGCCCUCAUGUGGGCAGCACAGAACGGCCGCACAGAGUGCGUCAAGCUGCUUCUAGAGAAAGAGGCGCGCAUGAAGGAUAGCGAUGGUAAGACCGCCCUCAUGUUUGCAGCGCAGAACGGCCACCAAGACUGUGUUAAACUAUUGCUAGAGAAGGAGGGGGGCAUGCAGAAGAGUGAUGGUUCGACAGCCCUCAUGUUUGCAGCAGAGGAAGGCCAUACAGACUGUGUCAGAUUGCUCUGUGAGCACAAGAGCGAGCGUGAUGCCUCGGGCUGGACAAACCUUAUGUGCGCUGCUUGCAUUGGAGAUGUUGGAGCAGUUAGAAGGAAUAUUCAGGAAACAAAGAGGACGGAUAAAUAUGGAUGGACAGCCCUUAUGUGGGCAGUGUGUAACAGGGAGCCAGGGUGUGUGAGACUCCUUAAGGAUAGGGAAAAGGACUUAAGAUCCACCCGCGAGUUUAUUGGAUUCGAGGCUGGUACUACGGCUCUCGACAUUGCUAAUGAGUUGAUAUACGAGGAGAUUAUUGAGAUCCUUUCUGAGUGA